CUCCGACAGAAGAAGACACGGCGAAGAAGAAGAAGAGGAAGAAGAAGAGGAAGAAGAAGAGGAAGAACCAUCCAUGGGAAGAACCCGCGCGCGUCAUUGUUGUUCCCGUGUUGUGUGAAUGUGGUCCGGGCUGCUGCCCCGUUGCUUCAGGAGCAGUUACAGUCCUGCUCCUUUUUCUUUUUAUCAAGGUUUAGCAAAGCUAUUUCUUUUCAACAACGGUUCAAGAUGACAACUUCAUGGAGUGACCGUCUGCAGAACUAUGCUGACCUACCAGCUAACAUGGACGGUGUGGCCAUGAAAAAGUACCGCCGUGAGGCGCACCACAGAGUGUUCGUCAACAGAAGCUUGGCCAUGGAGAAGAUCAAGUGUUUUGGUUUUGAUAUGGAUUACACUCUGGCAGUGUAUAAAUCUCCUGAGUACGAAUCACUGGGAUUUGACUUGACAGUGGAGCGCCUGGUUUCCAUUGGAUAUCCACAAGAGCUACUCAACUUUGUCUAUGACCCCUCGUUCCCCACCAGAGGGCUGGUGUUCGACACAGUCUAUGGAAAUCUACUCAAAGUGGAUGCCUAUGGAAACAUCCUGGUGUGUGUGCAUGGCUUCAACUUCCUAAGAGGACCUGACAUCAGAGACAAGUACGCCAACAAAUUCAUCCAGCGUGGAGACACAGACCGCUUUUACAUCCUCAAUACCCUCUUCAAUCUACCUGAAACCUACCUGUUUGCCUGCCUGGUCGACUUCUUCACGAACUGUUCCAGAUACUCGAGUUGUGAGACUGGCUUCAAAGAUGGUGACCUCUUCAUGUCAUACAAGAGCAUGUUCCAGGAUGUCAGAGAUGCGGUGGACUGGGUUCAUUUCAUGGGCUCCUUAAAAGAAAAGACUGUUGAAAACCUGGAGAAAUAUGUGGUGAAGGAUCCGAAGCUUCCUCUGCUCCUCAGCCGCAUGAAUGAAGUCACCAAAGUAUUUCUGGUCACCAACAGCGAUUACAAAUACACAGAGAAAAUCAUGACCUACCUGUUUGGCUUUCCUCACGGACCGAAGCCAGGUACCUCCCAUCGGCCCUGGAAGUCCUACUUUGACCUGAUCCUGGUGGACGCAAAGAAGCCUGUGUUCUUUGGAGAAGGAACAGUGCUGCGACAAGUUGAUACUACAACAGGUCAGCUGAAGAUUGGCACAUACACUGGACCCCUCCACCAUGGCAUCGUUUACUCCGGAGGUUCCUCAGACAUCGUGUGUGACCUGUUGGGUGCUAAAGGAAAGGAUAUCAUCUAUAUUGGAGACCACAUCUUUGGUGAUAUUCUCAAGUCGAAGAAGCGUCAGGGCUGGAGGACUUUCCUGGUGAUACCUGAGCUGGCCCAGGAGCUGCAUGUGUGGACCGACAAGAGCUCCAUAUUUGAAGAACUUCAGUCCCUGGAAUGCUUCCUGGCUGAGCUUUACAAGCAUCUGGACUCCAGCAGCAAUGAGCAGCCUGACAUCAGCUCCCUGCAAAGACAGAUAAAGAAAGUCACCCACGACAUGGACAUGUGCUAUGGCAUGAUGGGAAGUCUUUUUCGGAGUGGUUCUCGUCAGACGCUGUUUGCCUCUCAAGUGAUGCGCUAUGCUGACCUGUACGCUGCCUCUUUCAUCAACCUUCUCUACUAUCCCUUCAGCUAUCUGUUCAGAGCUGCGCACGUACUCAUGCCUCAUGAGUCGACAGUGGAUCACGCUCACAUCACCAUCAUCGACACAGAGUCUCCGCUGGCCACGAGAAACCGCCAUGACGUCGACUUCAAGGAGAUGGAGUGCAAGCGACACCAGCUGACGCGAUCUAUCAGCGAGAUCCAACCCCCGCUUUUCUUCCCUCAGCCUCCACAGGAGAUUACCCACUGCCACGAUGAGGAUGAUGACGAGGAGGAGGAGGAGGAAUGAGUAAAGCGUGCAGAUUAAUCUCCUUACACAAGUUCAUCUGCAGAGAAUCUUGUCUUUAGCUGUUCAUCCAUUUGCUAACCUGCUUAUCCGUUUAGUAGACGAUGCACGUUGUAACUGUACCUGUCCACAGGUAAGUCAGUCGUUACUGUAGCUUUACUCAGUGUGUCAGGAGACAAGAAUGUAUUCAUAUGCACUGAGAACGGUUUGUUGCUCCAGCAACUCUAUUUUAAUACAUGAGGUGAAGUUGUUUUUAUUUAGAAUUGCUGUUUGUUUGUUUGUUUUCCUUUGCACACGCCCACUGUUGUGUGUGCACCUCCUUCAACACAGUCAUAAAACAUGGCUGUCAGUGGGACAACAGGAAAAACAGAUUUUAACCACUUAGCAAAAAGUCCCCUAAUAAAACCUGUCUUGUCCUUCAGUGAAUAUGUUUAUGUCACUGUUGGACGGCAAAGUGGUGUUUGAGUGGCGUUGUAAACCUAACCCUCACUCACCAGUUUCUAUCACAGCACACAGGAGUUGUUGAUCCACCGCUGCCUCCAUCAGCACUCAGUCACAUCUAAGAGCUGCAACUAAACUAAUCGAUUGAUCUGACCAUCAUUUUCUCAAUUAUUCGAUUAAUCGUUCGGUCCAUAAAAUAUCAGAAAAUGUUGGUCAGUGUUCGUCAAACCUGGAAAUUAUGACGUUCUCACAUGAUUCACUUUUAACGAUUUUGAUUAACUAAUAAUAAAACAUACCAAACUAUGCAGCGGUAGAGCAGCAGCUGUUGUGUGAAGAUAAACACGUGGAUUUUCUGUAGGAACUUUGGUCCAGGGAGUGAGCAGUGAACAUAUACUUGAGAUAAGUCAGACUUUGUUUGCUGGGUUUACUGAGACGUCCCCUCAGACAGCCAUGGUUUCACACACACACACACACACACAUCAUGUUCCUCAGUGUUUCCUGUCAUGUCGAUUUUCUACCAUUUUAGUAUUAAAGUCCAAAGAGAUCAAGCAUAUAUAUAUAUGUGUGUGUAUAUAUAUAUAUAUAUAUAUAUAUGUGAUGGUUACAGUACGUCAGAGUGUGGAAACAGCCGACGUGCUUCAUUACAUCUUCAACUUUCUGAUAAGCUUUCCUUGGUUUUACUCCAGAAAACACUACUGGUGCUGGAUCCAGUUUAGUGCGACUCGAUCGUAUGUGUGUGUUUGACAGACUGCUGUCGUGAGUGCAACGUCCAACACAAGAAUCAAAGCAAACUGUAGAUCAGUUAAAAGGACUUAAAAAGACCCGGGUUCCAGCCCGGGUUGGAAUGAGGCUCUUUCUGUGUGGAGUUUGCUGACCCUCUCAUCACCUUUAGAGUCCAGCCCUCCCUCAUGUAAGCAUCAUGUGUUUUCUGUGAGUAAAACAAGUUUAAAACAAGGUGUAAACUAGUGUUAUAUGGUUAUUGUUGAUCCAGGUGCAAAUCUUCAGUUUACUGUAAACAGGUGAUACAAAUAUCUACAGUCUACCUCUGGGUCAAACACCAGCUACUGCAUUCUAGUUCUGUCAUUGUAUAUUUGAUGAAAGAAUGAAGUGACCGGUUCAUUCAUUCAUCCCUUUGUUGUGUAAUCAGUGCCAGGCUUGUUGUCCUGGACUCCUCACCCUGUUUUAAAAAUGCUGGAGUGGAUGGAGCACCGCAUUAGACAGCUGCAGACCACGCCCCCCUCACUGCUCCACGCCCCGUCACUCAGGUCUCAGGCCACCUGAUUUGUUUUUUUUAAAUCAGUUACACUUCAGGUUUCAGUGGAGAGCAGAAGUUUGAUGAGGACUGUUUUGAAAAGGUUUAUUGUCAUUUCUCAUUGAGCCCUAACUGAAAGUGUUUGCUUGUCCAUCUUGUAUUUGUGUAUGAGAGCAAUAAAAACUGUCUGAUGCUGCUGCUGUUGCCAAAGUGAGAGUGACACUGAAUGCAUGUGUUUUGUUUGCAAUAAACGUUCUGAUCUUGUA